AUGUCCAAUAAUAAAGAUAAUCCAAAUGACAUUGAUGCUUCAUCAUUUGCCAGUAUUCUAGCUGGUGUACAGAAAAUGAGAGAGGAUGCUGGAAGUAUACCAUCACAUGAACCAGCUCCCAAAGAAGCCAAUGUUGAUCCCCAACCAAACGCGUCAUCAUCGUUAAAUACAAUUCAACAACCACCAACUCACAAAAACGUCACAAAUGACAGGUAUCAAAGAGCAACGCUAGAUCAAUCAACUGCAAAACCUGUUUCUCCCAAAAAGAGCAAUAAUAGUGUGAAGCCCAGUACGAAGCGAUUGCAAACUACUGGACCAAGUGAUAUUCUAGUUGCCCCGUCUCAAGAGCGCAAUCCAUUACUAUCCUUAUCGAAAAUGCAAGUAACCUCCUGGUCAUUUGACAAGUCUAUUCUAUCCGAUUACUAUAUCAAUCCCAAGUUCCAGAUUUUAUUUUUAUCGUUGAGGUACCAUAAGCUUCAUCCAGAAUAUAUUUGGAAUCGAUGGAAAAAGUUAAAUCAAGGUUCGUCGACUGUUCACACAAGAGGUGACGAUGUAUUAAGGGUGUUGCUAGUUUUUGUAGAUAUCGAUUCCCAUCAAGAAUUAUUGCGUAAGCUACUGGAUUUUUGCAUUAAACAUGAUUUAUCGUUGGUUUUAGCAUGGUCAUACGAAGAGGCCGGUAACUACAUUGCAUUGUGUAAACAACUAGAUAAUGCGCCUACCAAGGCCAGGAAAAUUAUUGAAGGUACUAAAGGAACGGACUACAACUCAAGUGUGGUAGAAGCUUUUACUGGUAUUAAACUGGUCAAUAAAACCGAUGUCUCAAAUCUACUAGCAAAUUGCAAGUCUGUGAAAGAAAUUAUACUUCAAAGCUGUCAGAAUGAUAAUGAUGAUGGCAUAGGUCUUUCCAGUAUUCCUGGGUUGGGAACUAGAAAAUUGGCAAACCUUAAGAAUGUAUUUCUGGAGCCUUUUAUUUCAAAUAAAAAUUAUGAUACAUGA